AUGGCGACGACUGCCUUACCCCAGGGCAGUCUGCGCCAGCGCAACCCUGGCUCCAAGAAGAAGAAUGGGUCGCCGUUCCCCGAGGAUGUCCAAGUCGACAGUCUUGUCAAGCCGAGCCCCAAGGCGACCGGUACAGGCUCUGAGCUAGACUACAAGAUCGCCCUCGUUAUCAUUACCGUCCUUGCCUUCAUAUCGAGAUUUUGGGGCAUCAGCCAUCCCAACGAGGUCGUCUUUGACGAGGUUCAUUUUGGCAAGUUUGCCUCAUACUACCUCGAGAAGACCUAUUUCUUCGAUGUCCACCCUCCUUUCGGCAAGCUCCUGUUCGCCUUUAUGGGAUGGCUCGUCGGCUACGAUGGCCACUUCCACUUUGAGAACAUUGGCGAUUCCUACAUCUCAAACAAGGUCCCAUACGUGGCAUUCCGUGCCAUGCCCGCUCUGCUCGGCUCCUUGACCGUUACCGUCACAUACCUGAUCAUGUGGGAGUCUGGCUACAGUCUUCCUGCUUGUGUGGUGGCUGCCGGGCUGAUUCUCCUCGACAAUGCCCACAUUGGCCAGACUCGCUUGAUUCUGUUGGAUGCCACGCUUGUCUUUACCAUGGCCUGCAGUCUGUUGUGCUACAUCAAGUUCUACAAGCUUCGGCAUGAUCCUUUCAGCCGCAAGUGGUGGAAGUGGCUGAUUCUGACGGGCUUCGCCCUCUCUUGCGACAUCUCGACCAAGUAUGUCGGCACCUUUGCCUUCAUUACCAUCGGUUCGGCCGUUGUCAUCGAUCUUUGGGACUUGCUUGACGUCAAGCGCGUCGGCGGUGCUUUGAGCGUCCCCGACUUUGCCAAGCACUUUGCUGCCCGCGCCUUUGGGUUGAUUAUCAUGCCCUUCAUUUUCUAUCUGUUCUGGUUCCAGGUGCACUUUGCGAUUCUUACCAGAUCUGGACCUGGUGACGACUUCAUGACACCUGAAUUCCAGGAGACAUUGUCUGAUAAUGUCAUGUUCGCCAACUCUAUCACCAUCAACUACUAUGACAGCAUCACCCUCAAGCACAAGGAGACCAAGGCCUACCUCCACAGCCAUGAUGCUCACUACCCCCUUCGUUAUGACGAUGGACGUGUUUCUAGCCAGGGCCAGCAAGUUACUGGUUACCCUUACGACGAUGCCAACAACUACUGGCAGAUCAUUCCCGCGGACGACAACAAAGAGAUGGGUCGCCCGGUUAAGAACCAUGAUCUUGUCCGUCUUCGACACAUCGGCACAGAUACCAUCCUGCUUUCGCACGAUGUCGCCUCACCCUACUUCCCUACGAACCAGGAGUUCACCACUGUCCCUCUUACUGACGCCAAUGGCGACCGUAUCAACGAUACACUUUUCGAAGUUCGUAUCGAGAAUGGCAAGAAGGGCCAAGAGUUCAAGAGCAUUGCCAGUCAUUUCAAGUUCAUCCACAACCCAAGCAAGGUUGCUAUGUGGACUCAUGAGACUCCUCUGCCUGACUGGGGCCACCGCCAACAGGAGAUCAACGGAAACAAGCAGAUCACGCCCAGUUCCAAUGUGUGGCUUGUCGAGGAUAUUCCAUCGCUGCCUGCCGACCACCCACGAAGGGAGAAACCCGUCAAGGAGGUGAAGCGAUUGCCUUUCUUGCAGAAGUGGUUUGAACUGCAACGAUCCAUGUUCUGGCACAAUAACCAGUUGACUAGCAGUCACCCUUAUGCCAGCCAGCCAUACCAGUGGCCAUUCUUGCUCAGGGGUGUAAGUUUCUGGACUCAGAACGAUACCCGUCAGCAGAUCUACUUCCUGGGUAACCCUAUUGGUUGGUGGAUCGCAAGCAGCUUGAUCGCUGUCUACGCCGGUAUAAUUGGUGCCGACCAGAUCUCUCUCCGCCGUGGUAUUGACGCACUGGAUCGCCGCACACGUACACGCCUUUACAACUCCACUGGAUUCUUCUUCCUGGCAUGGGCUACCCAUUACUUCCCAUUCUACCUAAUGGGCCGUCAGUUAUUCCUUCACCACUACCUGCCAGCUCACCUUGCAUCCACGCUCAUCGUCGGUUCCCUCCUGGAGUUCGUGUUCAACGCAGAUGCAGCGUCGGAAGAGGCAACCUACCAAGCUAUCAAGUCUGGCAAGAAAGCUGCCCCGGGGCCUAAGAGAUUCGUCUCUGCUCGUGAAAGAUUCGCCGGAACGAGUAUGAUGCCAGCCUGGAUUGCGUGCGGUGUCAUCUUGGCCAUCGCAGCUGCUGGCUGGUACUACUUCCUGCCCCUCACCUACGGCUACCCUGGUCUCAGUGUGGAGCAGGUGCAAGCCCGCAAGUGGCUUGGCUACGAUCUUCACUUCGCGAAAUAG